AUGGGUGACUACUCGAAAGCACUUGAAUUUUACGAAAAAGAUCUCGAAAUCACGAAAAAAGCUCUGCCUCCGAAUCAUCCCGAUUUGGCUACUUCCUACAACAACAUCGCUCGAACGUAUGAUAACAUGGGUGACUACUCGAAAGCACUUGAAUUUUACGAAAAAUCACAUAAAAUAAGAGAAAAAGCUCUGCCUUCGAAUCAUCCCGAUUUGGCUCAAUCCUACAACAACAUCGGUGGAGUGUAUGUCGACAUGGGUGACUACUCGAAAGCACUUGAAUUUUACGAAAAAGCACAUAAAAUAAAAGAAAAAGCUCUGCCUUCGAAUCAUCCUCAUUUGGCUACUUCCUACAACAACAUCGGUGGAGUGUAUGACGGCAUGGGUGACUACUCGAAAGCACUUGAAUUUUACGAAAAAUCACUUAAAAUAAAAGAAAAAGCUCUGCCUUCGAAUCAUCCCGAUUUGGCUACUUCCUACAAUAACAUUGGUUUGGCGUAUUUCGGCAAAGGAGACUACUCGAAAGCACUCUCAUUCUUAGAAAAGGCACUUUCUAUCUUGCAAAAAUCACUUCCACCUAACCAUCCUAAUAUUAGAAAGGUUAAAAACUCAAUUGACAAUGUAAAAAAGAAAAUGUAA